AUGAGCUCUGUUUUUCCUGGACCAAGAUUUUUGUCCUUGUUGCACAAGAAUUCGAAAACCUUAAUUCAGGCAAAGCAAAUCCAUGCUCAGUUGAUAAUCAAUGGCUGCGAAGGCAAUUCUCAUUUCGGCAAACUCAUAAGCCAUUACUGUUCGAAGCAAUCAACAGAAAGCUCCAAGCUUGUUCAUUUACUGGUGUUCCCUCGAUUUAAUCAUCCCGACAAGUUUCUCUUCAACACAUUGCUUAAAUGUAGUAAACCAGAGGACUCGAUUCGGAUUUUCGCCGAUUGGGCAUCGAAAAGAUCGUUGCUUUAUCUCAAUGAGCGCACGUUUGUCUUCGUGCUUGGUGCUUGUGCCAGAUCAGCUUCGGCGUUGCGGGUUGGUAGAAUUGUUCAUGGGAUGGUGAUAAAGCUUGGGUUUCUCUAUGAAUCUGAAUUGAUUGGAACCACUUUACUCCAUUUCUAUGCAAAGAAUGGGGAUUUACGUUACGCGAGGAAGGUGUUCGACGAAAUGCCUGAGAGAACUUCUGUUACAUGGAACGCAAUGAUCGGAGGUUAUUGUUCACAUAAGGAUAAAGGGAAUCACAAUGCGAGAAAAGCUAUGAUUCUGUUUCGAAGAUUCUCCUGUUGUGGUAGUUAUGGAGUUAGGCCUACUGAUACAACCAUGGUUUGUGUUCUUUCAGCCAUUUCGCAGACGGGUUUGCUCGAAAUUGGUUCUCUUGUUCAUGGUUACAUUGAAAAACUCGGUUUCACACCCGAAAUUGAUGUGUUUAUUGGUACUGGACUUGUCGACAUGUACUCGAAAUGCGGUUGCUUAAACAGCGCUAUAUCUGUGUUUGAGCUAAUGAAAGUGAAGAAUGUCUUGACAUGGACAUCAUUGGCAACAGGGCUAGCUCUCAACGGAAGAGGAAACGAAACACCGAAUCUUCUAAACCGAAUGGCGGAAUCUGGAAUUAAACCAAACGAAGUAACUUUCACUAGCUUGCUUUCGGCUUAUCAACAUAUAGGUCUUCUUCAAGAAGGACUCGAGUUGUUUCAGAGCAUGCAGACAAAAUACGGUGUCACUCCAGUUAUUCAACACUACGGAUGCAUAGUAGAUCUUCUUGGUAAAGCAGGACGGUUACAAGAAGCGUAUGAGUUUGUAUUAGCUAUGCCUAUAAAACCCGAUGCUAUCUUGUUAAGAAGUCUCUGCAAUGCCUGCAUCAUUUAUGGAGAGACUGUGAUGGGUGAAGAGAUCGGAAAGGCUCUUCUCGAGAUGGAACGAGAGGAGGACAAGCGACCAGGUUCUGAAUGCGAAGAUUAUGUCGCUUUAUCGAAUGUGUUAGCUUGUAAAGGGAAAUGGGCAGAGGUAGAGAAACUGAGGAAAGAGAUGAAAGAAAGAAGAAUCAAAGCAAGACCUGGUUACAGUUUUGUUUGA